UGUUUUUAUAAUUUCCAGAAAUAGAGUCAAACCUGUAAUACUUUUUAUAAUAAAAUGUCACACCAAGGUGCAGCAUUGCAAAGUUAUAACAAUGAAUUGGUGAAGUGUAUUGAAGAUUUGUGCUCGAAACGAGAUGAACUUCACCGUCAAAUAUCUCAGGAAGAAGAAGAAAAACAAAAAUUACAGAGUGAUAUUAGAAUCUUAACUGAACGUUUGGCAAAAAUUAAUGAAAGCCUUGCUAAGAAAAUGUCUUCUCGAAAUGAAUUUGACAAAACGAUUGCUGAAACUGAAGCAGCUUAUAUGAAAAUCCUGGAAACAUCUCAAACUCUUUUGAACUCUGUUAAAGGUAGUUUAAAUCACGUUGAAGGGGGAAAACGACAUGAUAUAGAUUAUGCCUCAUGAUAAUUUUUCACUCCUUAUCUGUAGGAAUACCUGCGCACUUAAAUGUGAUUUUUUUUUUUUGUACACAUGUUAUGUACCUUUUUUGAGUAUAUGAGGGAAUAUUUGUAAACGGAUGUCCAGCGGCCAAUGACCUAAAAAUUGAUGUGUUCAGUUUUCAAUGCUGUCCGUUAUGUUCGCAAUAUUGAUUGUCAUACUGAUAACAGAAAAUGAUUCUAAUUCUAUAAUUGAUGGUCAUGUGCGAUUUUUGUGCUCGUUACUAAGUCCACAAGCAGGUCACUCUAGCUAGGCCCAGUUUUCUUCAACCUUUUUUAUCGUGGUUUACCUUUUUUUCAAGAACUUUGUAUACCUUACAAAUACCAAUGUUUAUUUAAGGCUUAGAUAAACAAUAAAUUUUAAGCGCAUACUGUACUGCAAAAUCAUCAUGCAAUCUAAUAGGCUAGUGUCUGCAAGUUAUAAAUUCGACUGACGCCUUAGCGUCAAUGGGAAUAAUGUUCAACGUAAAUUAAACGAAGUGCAUGGCAGCCGAAAUCAUCAACUCAGACACGUGAACACAUUAUCUAUAUAAUUUGUAAUGUAACAAUGUGCUCACGUUGAUUCUUAGCGUUAAUGACAUUUUAUAUUUCAUGUGCGCCGCGUUUGCAUUGUUGUCUCCACUUGAAUAUUCGAUAAUUUAUUAUAUUAGAGUUUAGAAUCCUUGACUUAGGCUGUACAGUGUACACCCUUUGUAUACCCUUCAUCAGUUGUAUACCCAACCUAUGGUCCGGUAUACCGUAUAGCCAGUUGAAGAGCACUACUCUAGGAAUCCCACAAAAUUGGUAAUUGUAUUAACGGGUUUUAUUGAUUUUGGGGCACCCUGUAUUUCAAUAUCUGAUUUGUAUUAGUAACCAGAACAUCAGGGGUGUGAUGUGUGACAAAAUUGAGUUGUCUUAUCAUAUUUUUUCAUUCUAUGGCUAAAUGAUAACUUGGAUACAUCAACUCGUGAUUAAUUUGGCAGUGCUGACUUGAUUGUCAAAACAUCUGAUUACCACAUGAUUUUUAUUCUAAGCACAUGAAAAUUACCAGUGACUCUGUAGUAUCCAAUAUAUUUUGAAUUAGGCCAUGUCAAGAAUGUAUAUAUCUUAUUACAUUCAAAGGUGCAAAUAUAUAAUGUAAUUCAUUAGUUUUAAAAGAACAUAUUUAUUUAUGUGCUCAUCUAAAUUUUGUUUUAAAAUACCGAAGUAUUUCGGUGAAGACUUUCUAAAGCUAACGGUAUAUUAAAGUAAAAAUUCACCUCGAUUAUUAAAAUUUUAAUAAAUUUUUUUUGAUAUCGCCAGUGCUUAUCGUUUUUUUAUUGAGUUUAUAAUUCGAGCAUUGAAUCUUUAUUGUAACUGGGUAUACAGGAAUGACUUUAGUUUCAUAAAGUAGUCAUUAUAUAUUGCAUCUUAUACUCGGAUAAAUCAGAAAUCUUUUGUUUAUUGUCUUCCGUAUUUAUUUGUCUAAUUUCUAUAUUUUGGAUAGAAAUAUAUUAGUUUAGUGAUAAUGA